AUGCUCCACCACCUCAUCAAGGUGCCCUUCGCUCUAAUAUUACUAUUGUCCGCCCUUUUGCAUGUAGGCUUGAUCAUCUAUGGCGACUGGCAUGAUGCACAUUCGCCACUGAAGUACACUGACAUCGACUAUCACGUCUUCAGUGAUGCUGCCCGAUUCGUGCUGCACCCGGAAAAGAGUGGGUUUGCAGGAGGUUGGCUAGCUGAGCGGUUUGGGUUGCAGUUGGGCGAUCCUUACUGUCGUUCAACCUACCGCUAUACUCCGUUGCUGGCGCUGAUCCUCACACCCAACACCUUAAUGCAUCCCGCGUGGGGCAAAGCAGUCUUUUCGCUAUCAAACAUCAUGAUCAGCCUGCAACUACGCAGUCUAUUGCCAUUAGGGACCAGCAUGAACUUCGUCACAAUUCUAUGGGCACUGAAUCCGUUCCCCCUGAACAUAUCUACGAGAGGCUCGUCCGAAGCUCUCAUAGGACUGGCUGUGAUAUCAUCCCUGUAUUUUCUUCAGCCCGGUACUCUUGUUUUCAGUGCAAUCAUGCUUGGUAUUGCAACACACCUCAAGAUAUAUCCAUUCGUGUAUGGCGUUGCUGUCCUUUCGUGGUUGGCCCGCGGGAAGGGAUGGAGAGGAUGGAUAUCCCCUCCUGCACUUCUCUUUGCCCUUACUAGUGCAGGGACAUUCUUCGCUCUGGGAGCAGUAAUGUACUCCAUAUGGGGAUAUCCUUUUCUGGAGCAAACCUAUUUAUACCACUUAACCCGGAAAGAUCACCGGCAUAAUUUCUCCCCCUUUUUCUAUCUCGUAUAUCUGACACAUGGCUCGUCAAACUCGAGGAUAUCAUCUCUGGUCAGCUUCGUGCCACAGCUCGCCCUGACGCUCGGCCUCGGGGUAAAAUUCGGCCAACGCAACUUACCGGGUGCUUGGGCAGCUCAAACAGCCGCAUUCGUGCUUCUCAACAAAGUGUGCACUUCUCAGUACUUCAUGUGGUACCUUUGGUUUUUGCCACUUGUGAUACCACGAUUACGUGUUAGUCGGCUGGAGGGCAUGGGUCUGUUGGCAUUGUGGAUAGGUUCCCAGGCUGUCUGGCUUGCUAUUGCCUUCCAGCUUGAGUUUCAAGGUCAAAGCGUUUACUUCUCUCUAUGGAUGGCGUGCAUCGGGUUUGUCAUCUCGAACGCCGCCAUCCUUGGGCGCCUUAUCAUGACAUAUGACUGGGACGAAGCUGUUCCUGUCGUGAAAACUGAAUGAUAUCCGAAGUUGACUUAGACUGGUCAGUGCGGCGGAGCCCACAGUUUCUACCCUGCUAGAGGAAGCCGGCUCGAUUCAAAACUCCAUCGGGCGCGCAAACGCAAGCGACCCUCACUACGGUUUAUGAACUCCACUCGCUACAAAGCCUAGAGACAAGGUGCCCUGGCGGCCGUCGUCUCUACACUUGCGAAUGUGGUAUAUCAACAUACUAUGUGACAUCCUCGGUCCACGCUCUGCUUUCCUGGUCCCGUGG